ACCUAUCCAUUUCCUCAGCAAAUAAUAAUAACAGAAGAAAAUCCUCUAUCUUUUCCUAUGCCUUUUCUGAGGAAAGAACCACAGGCAGCAGCAGUCUCAGUAGAUAAAUAAAACAAAACAUGGCCAGUAGAGAAAGUAAAUGCACAUAUUGAGCUAAACUAUGAGCACCCUGUACCUCAUUUGCCCAAUUCCUUUUCCUUUACUUCAAUUGCCCUUUAACCAUUCUUCCAACUUUUAACAGAUUAACAAACCAUUUUUAAUACCAAAACUGCCCUUCAAGGUCAGUCAUGUAAAUGUACCAUUUUCUCCAAUCUAAUUCAGUUGCUGCAAGUCAGAAGAUAAUUGCAGAUGAUAAUAGAUAUAGCUAACAUGGCCUGUACCUCUGUUUCUCUCUUUCUCUUUCUUCUCUCCAUGUAAAAAAUCGUUCCUUUUGGAUUCUCUUCUUGUAGGUACCCUAUGGGUUCGUUUCAAAAUCUUUAAUAAAACACAAAAGAAAAAAAAAAGAAAUGGGACAAGAAAAUCCAAUACAAGAACAGAGCUGCUCUUCAGAGUCUUACAGUCUUAAGCAAGCUAUUGAGGCUGUAUCUUCUUUAAUCUCCUUUUCUCAUGGAAUUAGAGUUUUUGCAGUGAAAUGGCAAAUGUUGAGAAACAAGCUAGAAGAGCUUAACUCGAGCCUAAUCGCCAUCGAAAACUGUGAUUCCAGCGGAAACCCAAUACUUUCAGGUCACAUAACUGCCAUAAUAAUCGCCUCCAACAACUGCUAUGAUCUUGCUCGAAGAUGUGUGGAUCUUUCAUACAGUGGCAAGCUUUUGAUGCAGAGUGAUAUAUAUGCAAUGGCUGCAAAGUUUGACGGACUUGUAAAGAAUCUAUCAGGUAUUUGCGCUGCAGGUGUUUUGACUCAAGGUUUUGCCAUUGUUGUGUCUAAGCCUGGAGCCAAUUCUUGCAAAGAAGAUAUCAGAUUUUAUGUCAGGGAUCUAUUGACAAGAAUGAAGAUUGGUGACACAGAAAUGAAGAAGCAAGCUUUGGUCAAUUUGUAUGAGGUUGUUAUAGAAGAUGAGAGGUAUGCUAAAGUCAUUCUUGAAAUUGAUGGCAUUGUUCAUAUUUUGGUUAAUCUUCUCGACUCGCCUGAGGUGGAAAUUCAAGAACAGGCUGCUAAGGUUGUUUCUAUCAUUUCUGGGUUUGAUUCUUGCAAGUCUGUAUUGAUUGGAUCUGGGGUUAUAGGGUCUUCUGUUAAGGUCUUAGAAAUUGGUAGUGUAUCGGGAAAAGAGGCUGCUGCUAGAAGCUUACAGAAAUUGACUGAGAAUUCUGAUAAUGCUUGGUCAGUCUCAGCUCAUGGUGGUGUUACAGCACUAUUAAAAAUUUGUGCUAAUGUUGAUUCUAGAGGUGAACUCAUUGGUCCAGCUUGUGGGGUAUUGAGAAAUCUUGUUGGUGUUGAAGAAAUAAAAAGAUUUAUGAUUGAAGAAGGUGCUGUUACAAAAUUUAUAAGGCUUGCGAGGUCAAGAGAUGAAUCUGUUCAGAUAAGUUCAAUUGAAUUCCUUCAAAAUAUUGCUUUUGGGGAUGAAUCCAUUAGGCAAUUGAUAGUUAGAGAAGGAGGGAUUCGAACACUAGUACAUGUCCUCGAUCCAAAAAUUGCAUCGACUUGCAAAUCUAGAGAGAUUGCAUUGAGAGCAAUUGAGAGUUUAUGCUUCUCUUCAGCAAAUUGUAUUAGUACAUUGAUAAGCUAUGGCUUUAUUGAGAUGCUGCUUUUCUUUCUUCGAAAUGGAGAUGUUUCAGUUCAAGAAUUAGCAUUAAAGGUGGCAUUUAGGCUAUGUGGAAAAUCAGAGGAAGCUAAGAAGGCAAUGGGAGAUGCUGGUUUUAUGUCUGAGUAUGUUAAAUUUCUUGAUGCAAAAUCGUUUGAAGUUAGAGAAAUGGCAUCUGAGGCAUUAACUAGCAUGCUUUCAGUACCUAAAAAUCGAAAGAGGUUCGUGCAAGAUGAUCGAAAUAUUGGAUUUCUUCUUCAGUUGCUUGAUCAAGAAGAGGCAAAUUCAGGUAAUAAUAAAACGUUUUUGAUAUCUAUAUUGAUGUCAUUAACAAGUAGCAAUAGUGGAAGAAGAAAGAUCGUCAAUUCAGGUUAUUUGAAGAACCUUGAGAAACUUGCAGAAGCUGAAGUUUCUGAUGCUAAAAGACUUGUCAGAAAGCUAUCUACAAAUAGAUUCCGCAGCAUGUUGAGUGGAUUAUGGCAUUCUUGAAUGUAACAUCUUACUUUCUUAGCUUCUUUCUCACUGUAAAUUUACUAAGUGGUUUUAUAAAGUUACAUAAGUUGGUCUCA